AUGCCUUCUGCAGACAAUUUCGAGGACGACUUUUCAAAUGGCAGUGCAGAGGCAUCUCUCACUUUCCCACGUUCUGCCAACGAUAUCCGUGUUGGUGAUUACAUUCUUCUAGAUGACAGCCCCUGCAAGGUGACCGAUCUCUCGAAGGCUCAAACGGGGAAACACGGCGCUGCCAAGGUCAUACUCUCAGGUACAGACAUCUUCACUGGGAAAAAACACGGAGGCAGUUACUCUUCUUCACACAAUGUGCCGGUGCCCAUCGUCACGCGUCGGAAUCAUCUCCUCCUUGACGUAUCUAACGACGGAUAUCUCACUCUCUUCGAUGCCGGCACUAAAACUGAAAAGACUGAUGUUAAGCUUCCCGAGGGCAAGGUUGGAGACAAGAUCAAGGACAAGUUCGACAGGGAAUUUGAGGUGGACCUAUUUGCCACUGUCCUCUCCUCCAUGAAUCACCAGAUUGUGGUUGAUGUGGUUGACAAAGAGCGUGAUUGA